UCUAAAGAACGACAGAUAAUUGAAAUAGUAUAAACAACGCCGAUACACGUGCGGCUUGAAAUUAAUAUUAUAUACAUUUUGUUUGUAUUGCAACAUGUCUGGGCGUAUGGAGCUACUUAGUGAGCAGGGAUUGCGUCUGGAUGGCCGUCGGCCCCACGAGCUACGCCGCAUCAAAUGUAAACUGGGUGUAUUCGAGCAGCCCGAUGGCAGUGCCUACAUGGAACAGGGCAAUACAAAAGUUCUAGCUGCGGUGUACGGACCACAUCAAGCAAAGGGCAAAAAAACAGAAGGCAAUGAUCUGGUCAUAAAUUGUCAAUACAGUCAGGCUACAUUCUCCACGUCGGAGCGUAAAAAUCGUCCACGAGGCGACCGAAAAUCACAGGAGUUUAAAAUGUACUUGCAGCAAGCUCUGAGUGCAGCCAUCAAAUCCGAGUUGUACCCACGCUCUCAGAUCGACAUUUAUGUGGAAGUACUACAGGCGGAUGGUGCUAAUUAUGCUGUUUCCCUUAACGCUGCCACUCUGGCGCUUAUCGAUGCAGGAAUAUGUCUAAACGAAUUUGUUGUUGCCUGCACAGCAUCCUUAAGCAAAGCAAACAUUCCACUCACUGACAUCUCACACAUAGAGGAAGUGUCCGGCGGUCCAAAGCUGACCAUAGCAGCACUCCCCACUGCCGAAAAGAUUGCAUUUAUGGAGAUGAGCGAACGUUUUCACAUAGAUCAACUGGAGACGGUCAUAGAAACCGCAAUGGCCGGCUGUCGUGAAAUACGUGAUAUACUGGAGUCAGCUGUUAAGGAGCAUCUCAUCCACAUUGGUAGCGCAGCUGACUGGGCGCGUGUUUGUUAAAAUAAAACAAUUUUUAUUAACUCUUAUAAUUUA